UCGCUUCAGAAAGCCUCUGUCGAAGAAGUAUUGGAAAGGGGUGCUCAAUGCCACAUCGAUACCACCACUGUGCGCUCAGCUCCCUGCGCGCUUUCACACUUACUUCGCCAUCAGAUCUGGUGAUGCCAUGUCCGAAGACUGCCUUUUCUUGAACAUCUUUGCCCCCGUGCCAAAACGCUCGCGCCUCAAGCCUGUCAUUGUGUACAUUCACGGUGGUGCAUUCUCCCAUGGAGGAAUUGCUAUGAAGAUCUUCGACGCCUCGGAACUCGCUGUGAGGGGCGACGUGGUUGUGGUAACAGUGGCGUACAGACUAAAUGCUUUUGGGUUUCUGGACAUGGGCGCCGAAGAUGCGCCCGGCAAUAUGGGGCUGUAUGACCAGCUUCUUGCCCUGCGCUGGGUCAAAGCGAAUGCGCGGGCCUUUUGCGGAAAUCCUGACGCAAUCACGCUUAUGGGCCAGAGUGCUGGCUCCAUUUCUGUUGGGUUCCAUUUGAUGUGGCCGCAGAGAAAGGGUCUCUUUCGGCGCGCCAUCAUGCAGAGCGGAAGCCCUUUGUCUCCCGUUGCCAUAAGUACCAAAACCGAGGCCGCUUACCGGGCUACGUUGCUCACGGCACGUCUAGGAUGCGACCAGAACGGUUCCCGGAAGCUCACUACUGCAGAAGCCAUUCAUUGCCUUCGGUCGAAGCCAUCGGCUGCCAUACUAGACGCGACCACCAGUUUCAACUCGAACGGGUUCGAUGAUUUCUUUCCGGUGAUCGAGAGCUCGUUCAUUUCCCUGGAAUCAGAGCUGCACCGGAAUGAACUGAACGUUCGUGAACUUCUGGCUGGCAUUUGCGAAGCAGAAGGUGACUCCGUAAUAACACAUCUUCUUGCGGCCAACAGCGAUAACGACGACAUAGCACAUAUCCGAAAGAGAAGUGUGGUGCUCCUAAUGAAGGCGGUAAUGGCGUCGCGAUCGAGCAGCAACAUUGAACCCAUAAUCGAAAAGUAUUUCGGACACAUCGCUGCCUCAGACGGCCAGGGAGCAGUAUACGCGGCCGCAGAUAUUGUGGCCCAUGCACAGUUUUCAUGUCCAACGGUCAACUUUGUCAAGGCCUUCAUGCGUCCAGGCAUGACGGCGUACGUGUACGAACUGUCACAGCAACCUUCGUUCAUUGACUGGCCAAAAUGGGCCCGGCCCACGCAUGGCGACGCUUGGGCUCCACGUUUGCUUUGAGAGUCAAUGCCACUGAAGCCGACGUCAGAGCAACCAACAAUUUCAUACGCAUCGUGUCCACGUUCAGCCAUUCAGGCGUUCCCAAAGCUAUCGACGGUGUACCCUGGCCGAAGUUCGACGAUUAAGAACGAUAUUUGCGCUUAAGUGAAGCGGGAAGCGUUGCCAACAAGCAUCUUCUUCGGUCGGAAUGCACCUUCUGGAAGAAGAAUCAGCUAUACUAAAAAAACACUGGCUAAACGCACCACCUUACCUCAGAUAACGUUUAAUUGAUAUUGUGCUGCUCACCAGGAGGUCAAUAACGCUAUUAACAUUAAAGUUCAUCGGCCCCAAUGACCUUUUAUAGUCUUGCAGAGCGUCUCUCUCUCUCUCUCUCUCUCUCUCUCUCUCUCUCUCUCUCUCUCUCCCUGUUUUCCGCUUUCCCUUCCCCCUUCCUCUUGCCCCGA